GCAGCUCCUCCGAGUACAAGAUCAACAACCGCGUGGUGCAGCUGAGCGAGUACAGCGAGGAGCUGGAGAAGCUGGGGAUCCUCAUCAAGGCCAGGAACUUCCUCGUCUUCCAGGGAGCAGUGGAGUCCAUCGCCAUGAAGAACCCCAAGGAGCGCACGGCCCUGUUUGAGGAGAUCCCCAGGGAUUUGGGGAUCCGUAUCAGGGAUUUAAGGAUCCCUCACAGGAAUUAGGGGAUUUAGGAC